AUGGAAGAUACGGAUGAGUACAUGAUACCACCAGUGGAUACGACACAUGUCUACAACAGAAGAAACCUGACUGGAAACCUGGAUGGGGAGGAUCCGAUUGACGAAGGAGACAUACCAUCAAAUACGGAUUGGUUUGACGGGUGGAAUCCGAAUGAACAUAUUUCAGACAUGAAUUUAGAUGAAAUGGACAUAGGGACACAAACGCAAAAAGAGAUUGACUACUGCAGCACUCCAGUUCAACUAACCGGGGUGAUCUAUGAUCAUGCUGCGUGGGAAGCCUCGAAAAAAAAUAAAAAGGUGUUGUUGAAAACAAUGGACAAUAAUAUAAAGAAAUACAUUUCUCUUGUUUCGGAUAUGAAUGCUCUCGUUAAGGGUGUAAAGGAGAAGUUUUUCUGGGAUGUUGAAAUUAUGGAAAGGUGUAAAAGAUGGAAUGAUGCGGUUAAAAAUUCCGUUUCUACGGAUACAGUUUCGAUACCUGCUGAAGUAAGCUAUGCUGGUGAUGAGGUGGUUCAAAACAAAGUCGGACAAUGUGGCGAAACAAAUCAAGAGUUAGAGGGCGAUGGAGAUGCAAAAUUGGAACAUCAAAACACGGUGAAAGAUAAAGGAUGUGAUGAUGUUCAUGAUACCCCAUUUGAUGAUGGUGGUAUUUCGGACUCGUGCCUGGCUGCCUUACAAACCAUCGAACCAGGCGUAUACAGGCAGACUACAGAAGUGGCGCAAGCAGAUGUGGUGAACAACAUGGACCAACCUGUAAAUUUGGCAGAGUGCAGUCAACAACAAGCACAUAAACAGAAUACAAUAACCGACGCCUAUGAUAAAGAUAAGCCUCCGACAACAUCAGCUGAUGAACCUGCUGAAGUGACCGAAGCAGAAAUGCAGUCUGUUGAGACACUUUUAAAAUUGGCUCCAAUCCUGUAA